CAGAACGGCCCGGAAGGAACCUUCCGUGCUAACAUCGCUGCUAAGAUCUGUAACAUUCACCACCCCUGGCCUGAUUUUGGCAGGUGCCUUUCCGAUGGAUCCUUCCCGGCUUGAAAACCAGAAUCUUGCUUGAUCUGGUCCAUUUCUCUGCACUAUUGCGAUUUGUUUGCAUCAUAAACGGGACUUAUGACUGUGUUUGCGCAGAAGUCACUGAGGAAAUGACUGAACGAAUCAGGAAGUUCAGGGUAAGUGGCGGUGUCUGGCUUGAAAGGCUGACUCUUAUCUGAGUUGCCUCCCUCCAACCACAUGUUGCAUUGGCAAGAGUCACUCAUCACAUCAAUCCAACCCAAGGUAUUGCAACACUGGCUUUUCGGAUGUCAGGAUGCGGUCCUGCGCGUCACAAGCGAAGGCCGUGUGACUUGCAGAAAUAGUGACAGCCAACAACUUCUGUUAGACCACCACUGGCCUCAACGCAACGCAAUACAACACAACACCGUGCUUUUCAGUUGAACAGGGACUGCAGAGGAUGAUGGAUCACAGAUGUCAUGUCACAAUGUGUGCGAAGGCGCAGUGCAUCCAGCCAACAAAAUGUCCGACAAAUGCUACCUGCUCAAGAUAUGUGCCGAAAAGCGGACGCCAUGUUGAGCUUUGACUCAAUGACAGGUCUCGACUUGAUUGAAUGUGAUGGAAAGGAGUCCUGCUGGGUUCGGGGGCAAGGCAUCUUCCGCUUUCAACGGGCUUCCCGAAAUAAAGAGAGGACCAACGGUGGCUGGGCUGGACUGCCGUGUAUUGGUUGGAACGUACGGUAGGCUACUCCGUCGAUCUUGGCCAAUAUCACUGCUCAAGUGAGCCUUGCAAGGAGAAUGGCUGCUUUGCACCAAUGAUCAAAAUAUCUCAUCAAUUUUCAACUUCUACAGAAUGACCUGCCUACUAAUACGAACCUCUGAAAAUACGCCUCUAGAAACAAAAGUGUAAUCUACCUAAAUAAUGUAAAUUUAAGGAAGUUAUUUUAUUCGCAGACCAGGCUAUCUACCUUUAAUAAUUUUCAACUUCGAGCUAUUGUGUUUCCACCCAGCGACGGGCCCCAUUCAAUAGAUGAUAGUGGAUGCUCACCGAAUUCAUCUCGCAAGGCUUUCUGCCUGAUAAGUUAGGCCAAUACACGAGCCAAUCAGCUAGCACGCCCGUCCUGCCUCCUGCCUCCCACCAAAGCCUAAAGCCCACUUACUCAUCUUUGCCCCUCCCGCUUCUACCAAACUCUCCCGACUCUUUCUUCUCCCUAACAACGUCACCAACACAAAUACCCGCAAACUCCAAAGACUUUGCAACCUCGCAAACCUCGUCGCUAGACAUCCUCAUCACUUACACGCACUACUCGAUAUCUACACAGCGAGGCGCUAUCUUGCCAGCGGUCGCUGAAAACAUCCUCUUCCCCCUUACAAAACCCAUUUCCCAAGGUCACCCCAGUACCUCCGAGUUUAUGUCCAUCGAAAAUCUCAAGACCUACGACCCCUUCGCCGAAGCCGACGAGGACACCGGAGAAACCAAGCAGACGCAGAAUUACAUCCAUAUACGCAUUCAGCAGCGUAAUGGACGUAAGACUUUGACCACUGUUCAGGGUCUCCCCAAGAAAUUUGACCAGAAGAAGAUUCUUAAGGUCAUCAAGAAGAAGUUUGCCUGCAAUGGCACUAUCGUUAACGACUCCGAGAUGGGAGAGGUGAUCCAGCUCCAGGGUGAUCAGCGCAAAGAUGUUCAGGAAUUUCUCAUCGACAAGAAGGAAGGCCUCGAGCUAGAUGCCAAGACCAUUAAGGUCCACGGUUUCUAAAGCUCUACAUGCCCCGUCGUCCUGUCAGUCGCCGUUCCCGGGCGUCUUGACGUAGAGGGACAGGGACGCAUGGCCUCUCCGGCUUGUGCCUUUUCCGGACGUGUUCUCUUGCUCUCGCAACAGACACACCGAGGCUCGGCUCCGAUUACUCUAGGACGACGGGCAUCCACUCAGGGCGAGUUUUACUCCUGGUGGCUUUUUUUUUUUGGAAGAGUAUUUAUUCUUAUGCUACGCGUUCUGCAGCAGGUGGAUGGUAGCUUUACGGCAUCCAUCUUGCUCACGUGCACGAAGACGAGGCUACGGGCAAAGCAUUUGUUACACCAACAUGGCUUGUCAGUCGCUCGUUAGUCAGAUAUGUCUACAUGGGCAAGCCCCGCAGUAGUCUCAGGCAAAUACAAAGUCGAUUCCGAAUCUUUUUGCUAAAAAUUGAUGUGAAUUUGUUUCAAUCCUAGUUGUGGUGGUAGUUUGACGUCAGGUCCCACUUCUAAGGCACAGCAACUGGAGUCGUGCCAACCAAAAUCCAGGCUCCAAAGCUGCACACUGCUUGGGAUUCACAGACUAUUGUAUACAUGAGGUUUCGGUUUCAGCUAUAGCCCAGCAGAAUAAUCAGACAUGUUCAGCCCUAGCGUGGGCGGGGAUAUCAGAGUUCAAAGAGAAACCAAAAAGUCGCUGAAAGUCAUUUGUAAAGGAAAACAACAACGGUUCGCCUGCUUCUUUGUGCAUACACAAAUACAGAGGCAUUUCAUUCGCCCGAAGACAGCCGAGAAGUUCUACAGGUCUUCAUGCUGCUCGAUGCUUCCCCUGAUCUGAGUGAUAACGCGCGAUGCCUCAUCAAAGGCGCGCCGACCAGAAGCUACAAUUGGCAUCUGGGGGUAGUCAGGUGUGGACUGAUGAAGGUGUACCAGCAGAGUCACCAUAGUGAUGGAACAAGCUAUGGAAAAGACGUUGAUGGAGGUGGACGUCUCCUUGCGAAUGUUAAUCUUUUGGUGGGUGACGUGAUACAUCAUGGUAAGAGUCUGUGGCGUAGUUGUUAGCUGAGGUAGCAAACCUUGGUUGCGGUGAGUGCCGUGUGUCGCGUGUGCGGGGAAGACAUACAGUGGCUAUGCCAACCCAACCUGGGAGGAGGAGACGAGGGUCUUGGAAACCACCCGUGAAAGAGAGCACAAACGCAGUGAGAUAGGCGUUACAAAAGUUGGUUGUGAGCAGGCGAACCAUUGUCGCUUGUGGGGUAUAAUUGAUGAGCCUGUGAACUAGUUAAUAUGAUGUUGUACAGCGAGAAUGUCACAACGGAGAUGACGGAAUAACCUACCAUCUGGACAUCAGACAGUCUGUGAAGAAGAAUGAUAAAUAUCCCGAAGCAAAACACUAACGUCCAGCAUAUCAUAUCAGCACAGCACUUUUUGGCUUUGGGUCUCCUCGGGGAAUCUCCCAACGCACCCAUAUAGUUGCGAGCCCAGUCUCAGUCAGGGCGUACCGCGGAUCUGCCUCGACACUCAUAGCCACAGACCCUCCCGUCGUUGAAGGCACAACAACUACAAUCUCUGGUCCUGGCAAGACACGUAACAGUAGUUGAAGCGCAGAAGGCAAUCCCCACCACAACGCCGGCAGGAUGGAGAAGAGCCGUAGGGCAAAAAGCCACGGGUGCCAUGGCUUCGGAACAUUGAGAACGACGGCGACACGUGGUUGAAGAAGGGACGGAUGAACGGGACCAUCGAUCUCAGGAGGAGCUGUCUUCGUUGUGUGCGGUGGUGACGGAGAUUUGCUAGAUGUCGGGGUCAUGGGCGCAAGCGGUUGUGGAGGUAAAGGUAGAUGGCCUGUAGAAGAGCCCCGACGAACGGGGGGAGGAUUGGCCAUCUCACAUCGAUCGUUCAGGCCAUCUGAAGCAAUUCGCGAUCAAUUGUGUGGGAACUAAAAUCACAGAGGCCAAACCCAAGAAAAAAAAGGAGGGGGGAGAGAAAUCAGGUCGACGCAAGGGGGGGUAGCCUUGGUAAGGCAGCUGUUGGUGAUGGCGUCAAAGGAGGAGGACAAGCUGCAACCUGCCUGCACAAUUCAGAUUGAACUGACAGGGGUCGUGGGGGUAAAAUGCGCCAAGGUUUCUUGCCAUUGGAAGUGGGAACACAGGAGGACCCUUUCCGACGUGGCUAGUGGAACUGUGGAAGCUGGAUCACACCCCAUGGGUUAGGGUUGACCAUGGCAAAAGCAUGGCUGCAUGGAUAUCGAGAGUAUUAAAUUUCAUUCACGGCCAUCAAAUUCAUAAGCAGUUUCUGUCAGAUGAGAAAGUCUGGAGUAUACAUGCAAACAUUUAAAAUUGUCUUGAUAAAUCGCC